AUGGCUUCACCUUCCGCAUCCCCUGAGCCAGAAAUACCUCGGUUUGAAACUGUUUUUGUUGUAAAUCUUGACACAUAUGCAAAGAACUCGACAGAAAACAAUGGAAAAACCAAAGUCAAGGAGGUGAAGUCUACCAAGGUCAAAGAAGUUGUUUUUCAUGUCUCCGCACCCAAUUACCUCAAAUUCCUCACAACUAUGCUUGCAAAGCACGACAAAUCACUUUAUAAGGUUACCAAGAAGAAAAGGUACACUUUUAAAUACCUUCCUGGUGCUUCUCGCAGCCGCAUGGAAGCCAUGGAUGUCGACAACAAGAAUGAUUAUGCCAAGAUGGCAAAGAAGAUCAUUUCUGAGAAACUCAAAAAUAUCAAGAUUUUCAUUGACAUGAAGAAUGUCGAGAAACUGCCUGUUUCUACCCAUGAGGCAAGCCUCGAAAACUUUAGUUCUUUAGGAAAUGCUGCUACCAAUGAGAGUGGAGAAUCUGAGGAUGAGGAAACUGUGCUUGUUGUUGAGACUGGUGCUUCAGAGCUCGAGCGUGAAAUUGCUCAUUAUCAACGACUCAUUAUCAAGAAGUGGGGUAAUGACUAUGACAACUCGAUUAUGUACAUUCACACGAGUGGUAUGGAGAUUCCUUGUACCCCAGCCAUGGUGAAAGACUGGGCUCGUGCAAUGUAUGAUGGUGAAGCCACGACUUCGAUGCCACCAAAUAUCCCAUCAUUCGAUCCUGCAAAACGCGAGCCUGUGCUGCACCCAAUGUGCCGCACUGCAUCAGCCACAUCUAUGGCACCUCCCGCUGUAAAUGCCAAUGACAUUAGCUCACCCACUUCAAUGCUUCUGUUGCGGACAGUUCAAGAUCUUGCCCGUAACCAAGACCACACUACAAUUCCUUCAACAGCUAUAGUCCGUGCUUCUGUGCUUACUCAGUCACCUGCCAUAUUGACACCAUCGAAACUUACUCACUUCCUGGAGUAUGCUGAGCAGGAACUUGGUGUUAGCCAGGCAAUGAUGUAUGAAUCAUCAUUGUGUAGUAUUGGAGCUGGUCCAGACAUCCUUGUCGAGAUUGCUGACCAAGAACUCGCUCGCAUUGGGCUCACCCCAGGUGACAUCAUUCGUUUGAAAAAAGAAAGCGUCACUUGGUGGAAUGGCCCUCUUGCAAAGAAUGAGCUAAUGGAGAGUACAAAACAUAAACGUAGUGAUACUACCAAUUCCGAGAUUCCUGAGGACCGGAGAUACCAGUAUGAAAAAAGAUACCAUGAUGGAGGACGAGCACGCAUCAAUGGGAGUAGAAUGAGAAUCGAAGAGCGGCCACCUGGGGAGUGUCCUGAUCUUGAUUAUGAUCUUUAUCACUUUUGCGGCAACAGACGAGAGUGGGUUCCCUUUCCACCAGGGUAUACAUUUGAUGCAGAAGGUAGUCGCGAAGAUGAAGAUACAUUCAGGUAGAAAUACAUCAGAAAUAUUUAGGCAAUAUAACCAGAAGCACGGAAAUACCCUUCUGCUUUAUCAGGUGUAAUGUUUUGGCAUGCUUGUACAAUAACAGUCAAGGACUUAUCGAGAAAAGGACGACGUAAGUAAGACUUGAUAGAAGAAAAAGCCUGCUCAAUGGGGUUAUAGUCUGG